GCAUAUCGUCUAAUCUCGCCUUCGAUCACCGUCGCCUUUUGACAAGAACCGAAGAGAACUAGCCUCGAUACCUUGACCCGGGACAGAAGCCGUCCGUCAGAAACCCGGGAAGAUCUCCUCUUGAAACAUCAACGGCCCAACGAUGCGCGAAAUUGUCCACAUCCAGGCGGGCCAGUGCGGUAACCAGAUUGGUGCCAAGUUCUGGGAGGUGAUCUCUGACGAGCACGGCAUCGAGCCAACGGGUAGCUACCAUGGCGACUCCGAUCUCCAGCUCGAGCGAAUUAACGUCUACUACAAUGAGGCGAGUGGUCCGAAAUACGUACCUCGUGCGAUUCUCGUUGAUCUGGAGCCCGGCACCAUGGACUCUGUCCGCUCGGGUCCAUUCGGUCAAAUCUUUCGCCCCGACAACUUCGUCUUCGGACAGAGCGGAGCCGGAAACAACUGGGCCAAGGGUCACUACACCGAGGGUGCCGAGCUGGUGGACUCCGUCUUGGACGUCGUGAGGAAGGAGGCUGAAAGCUGCGAUUGUCUUCAAGGAUUCCAGCUCACCCACUCCCUCGGCGGUGGUACUGGAUCCGGAAUGGGAACCCUCCUGAUCUCUAAAAUACGCGAGGAGUACCCGGACAGAAUAAUGACAACAUUUUCUGUCGUCCCAUCGCCCAAGGUAUCGGAUACCGUAGUCGAACCCUACAACGCGACGUUGUCCGUUCAUCAGCUGGUAGAAAACACCGAUCAGGCAUACUGCAUCGACAAUGAGGCUCUCUACGACAUUUGCUUCAGAACUUUAAAGCUCUCGACUCCAACUUACGGUGACUUGAACCACCUGGUAUCCGCUACUAUGUCCGGCGUUACAACUUGUCUCAGAUUCCCUGGACAGCUGAACGCUGAUUUGAGAAAACUAGCGGUCAACAUGGUACCGUUUCCGAGACUCCAUUUCUUUAUGCCCGGAUUCGCACCCCUAACAUCUCGCGGGAGCCAACAAUACCGAGCAUUGACGGUUCCUGAAUUGACACAGCAAAUGUUCGACGCCAAAAACAUGAUGGCUGCAUGCGAUCCGAGACACGGAAGAUAUUUGACAGUAGCAGCGGUUUUCAGAGGUAGAAUGUCGAUGAAGGAAGUCGACGAGCAGAUGUUGAACAUCCAGAACAAGAAUAGUUCGUAUUUCGUCGACUGGAUUCCGAAUAACGUGAAGACCGCGGUCUGCGAUAUACCACCCCGCGGUUUAAAGAUGUCAGCAACGUUCAUCGGAAACUCGACUGCCAUUCAAGAACUAUUUAAAAGAAUAUCGGAGCAGUUCACCGCCAUGUUCAGGAGGAAAGCUUUCUUGCAUUGGUACACCGGAGAGGGAAUGGAUGAGAUGGAAUUCACUGAGGCUGAAUCUAACAUGAACGACCUCGUCUCGGAAUACCAACAAUACCAGGAGGCAACUGCCGAGGAAGACGGUGAAUUUGAAGAAGAAGAGGAGGUUGAGGACAAAUAGAUACCACUCGAACGAAUCGAAGCAAGUUCGAGCCUCACCUCACCCAACAUCAUUCGAAGACUCGAGUUAACAAUUUAUGACGCUGUGUAACUCGUCGUCUUCAAGUUCACUGU